AGAUAAGAUCCAACCUCAUUGACUGUUGGCGUUGAUCGUAUAAAAGCUUCAAUGCAAAGAUGGAUUUGACUCUUGCAAAAUGUCGCGGAAUUUCCUUAUUAUUUUCGCAGCUCUCUUUACGGGAUGUUUCGGAUUUUAUUUGAAGCAUUCGCCGUUUCUGGAUAAUCGUAUCGUAGGUGGACAAUCAGUUAGCAUUCUGGAUCAUCCUUAUCAAGCGAGUUUAUUAUUCCAAUAUGAACACUUGUGUGGUGCUUCUGUAAUUAGCCAAAAAUGGGUUAUAACCGCUGCUCAUUGCAUGAAAUUCCAACCAUCUUUUUAUUUAGUAUCAGUGGGUAGUAAUGCUACGAAAAGGGGUAUAAGAUAUGCGGUCACUAGAAUUAUAUCCCAUCCAAUGUUCGAUCCUACAACUUUAAAUUAUGACGUCAGUCUUCUUGAAGUCGAAGGAACAAUAUAUUUGAGUAACAAAGUAAAACCGAUAAAACUUACUUUCGUUGAACCAAAAUAUGGUUUUAUGAAUGUCACUGGAUGGGGUAGUUUAACGGAGUCAGGCGAUAAUCCAAACUCUUUACAAGGAGUAAGUGUACCCAUUAUUAGCAGAGUAAACUGUCAAGCAACUUACAACAACAUUGCCAAUGUAACUGAACAUAUGAUCUGCGCCGGUUUUGAGAAUGGUGGUAAAGAUUCCUGUCAAGGUGACUCCGGAGGACCACUUACAGCAAAUGGUACACUUUACGGAAUCGUUUCAUGGGGAUUUGGAUGUGCCCGACCAAAUUAUCCCGGUGUAUAUACUAACAUUGCAUCUUUACGCUUAUGGAUUUUGAAAAUGAGUGGUGUUUAAUAUGAUUUAAAUGAAAAAAGCAUCCUAUUGAUUUGUACCAUCUUUAUUGAAAUUUUCAUUCUUGGAGAGGCUAAAAAAGCGUUCAUCAAAGACUACCCCUAUCACGUGUCUGUUCAAAAAUCCGGAAAGCAUAUAUGUAGUGGUGCUUUGAUAUACGAAUCCUGGAUUUUAACCGCAGCAUCCUGUGUAUUCAACUCGAAGACAUCCGAUAUCAAGAUACGCGUUCGUUCUGAAUCUUUAAUAAAAAAUGGAAAUAAUUUGGAUAUAAAUAACAUCGUUAUCCAUAAUCAAUUUGACAAAUACAUCAAUGUCAACGACAUAGCAUUGAUAAGGCUGAAAAUGCCAGUAAUGUUCGGACAAAACUUGCAACCAAUUGGUUUGCCAGAAAAUGCAGAUUAUUUCAUUAAAGAUAAUACCACAUCUUUCGUUACUGGCUGGCAACGAAAAUCGUUUCAGAGAAUAUCCAUUGAACCUGAAUUGUCGGUAAUAAGUGUAAUGACCGUAAAUCAGAAGAGAUGCGCGUCCUUUAUGCCUAGCUAUAAACCACUCUCCGAGAAAAUGCUUUGUGCUGGUAACAUGACUAAAGGAGUGGAAACGUGUCAGGGAGAUCUAGGAGCACCUCUCAUGGUAGACCAGAUGCUGAUUGGGAUUCUAUCCUAUGGAUUAGGAUGUGAGACUAUGCUACAUCCGGGUGUCUAUACCCGUAUCAGUAAUUACCUCGAGUGGAUUGCAUCAAAUUCGGGUGUCCACUACUAAAAUAUUGAUUUAGAAAAUUAGAAAAUACAUGUAAGUAUAUAUCAGAAAUAAUCGCUCAGGUGUCAAUAUACGAGAACAAUGUCUACAUAAAAAGUUGUAAUAAUUGGAUAUUUAUAUAGUAAUAAAAAUAUACAAAAAUAUA